UUUUGCCUUCAUACCGAAAGCUGUCACUUCAUUCAUAUGGUUCUUGUUCACAACGUGGGGCAUUCUUUAAACAAAGUUUUCGUCUGGGAGUUUUGAAUUAAAAAUGGGUAAAGACCGCAACAGGGGACGCCGGCAUCAUUUUUCUGGCCCGUAUAACAAGAAUAAUUGGCGCGGCAAGCAGCGAGACCGCACCAUCUACAAUGGACCCGCACGCAACAGGACACCUCCACAGCAGAAAGUCACACUCCGCGAGGACCAGGUGGCCAUCACAGAGUUCACCAAUCCCGAGGCGCCUGGUUUUACCGGCAUUCUGAAGUCGCGCUUCUCCGAUUUCCACGUGAACGAGAUCGACACCGAGGGCAAGGUCUUGGAACUCAACGAUCUUAACGUACCGAAGGUGGCCAUCGAGCCUGUGGAUCCUCAGGAUUUGGAAAAGUGGAAAAAGGAACUGGAGGGCGUAAUUGGAGCUGAAGUCUGGCAGGAUAUCGCCAAUCUGGCCGAGAAAAAAUACGACGCUACAGCUGAGCAGAAGGUGGAGAUCGAUGUGAGCAGCCUGGACAAGGAGAAGCGCACACAAGUCCACCAGCUGGUCAAGCAGCUCUACAAAGGCAAACUGGUGUCCACCACCAUUGGACAGCAACAAUUGAAGCCCACGUCCGACGAAAAGCCUUCAGAGGCAGCGGAGGAGAAGAAAACAAUUCGCAUUUUAAAACCAAAACCAGGAAGGGGCGACAAUCGAUGGAGCUUCCCCGGAGAGUAUGUGACGUUUCUGGUGCACAAAACCAAUAUGGACACUGUCGAAGUGGUCUCUACGCUGGCUUCGAGAUUAAACUUACGUCCCUCUCAGGUUAAUUACUGUGGAACCAAAGACAAGCGCGCCAAAACAACACAAAACUUCUCAAUAAGACGCCGCUCCCCUGACAGUAUUCUGGGAGCUUCGCGUUGCCUCCGGGACGUGCAUGUCGGCAACUUUGGCUUCAGAAGUACUACUCUUAAGCUAGGCGAUCUGCAGGGCAAUCGCUUCCGUAUUGCAUUACGUCAUAUAGCUCGAGAUAAGCGUCCUGACAUCGAGACUACUUUAGAGUCAGUGAAGGAACGCGGAUUCAUCAACUAUUAUGGAUUGCAGCGUUUUGGGAACAGUGCCAGUGUACCCACAUACGAAGUAGGCGUGGCGCUUCUCAAAUGCGACUACAAGCUGGCAUGCGAACUGAUUCUGAAGCCCCGCGACACGGACGUGGAGUUCCUGCGUCCCAUUCGCGAGGAGUGGUGGGAGAAGCGCGACUCGGCCGCGGCAGCUGCAAAGAUCUACUCCGACAAGUUCAUCGAGAAGAAGCUCCUGGACGGAUUGGCCAAGUUCGGCGAGGCGCAGUACUCCACUGCUCUCAGGCAGAUUCCUCGCAACAUGCUAAUGCUCUAUCCCCAUGCCUACCAGAGCUACAUUUUCAACAGGAUUGCAUCGAAAAGGAUUAAGGAGUUUGGCUUGAAGCUAAUCCCUGGAGAUUUGGUUUAUGUGGAGGACCUACCACCACAGCAAGAGGAGAAGGAAAAACUGAAUGAGGAGGAAGUCGCAGGGGAAUCUGCCGAUGACGUUUCAGAAACUACGCCAGAUGCUGCCGAAGAGGAUGCCGAGGAAGAGGAGUCUAUUUUUAAACGAAAAGUUCGGCCACUGACGGAAGAUGACAUCGCCAGCGGGCAGUUUAAAAUAUCUGAUGUGGUGCUGCCUCUGCCAGGACAUGACAUUACUUAUCCUGGCAACCAGUGCCGAGAAUGGUACGACGAGAUGCUCGCCGAAGUAGGCCUCACCUCGGAGCUGCUCAAACAUAAAGAGAAGACUUACUCUCUGGGUGGAGCUUAUCGCAAGCUGAUCAUUCAACCCAGUGAUCUCAAAUGGAGCUUUCGCCUGUACAACACGCCCGAGGAUACGCUCAUAGCCUCCGACUGGGAGCGCCUGCGAAACAUUCCCAUAACCGAGGAACCCAAAGAGGAGGAGGCCAAAUUCAUGGCCCUGCUUUUGGAAUUUUCCCUGCCUACAGCCGCCUAUGCUACCAUGUUUUUGAGGGAGCUAUUCAAAAAGGAUACCUCGACGGCGAUUCAAAUGCAUUUGGAAUGGGAGGCGAUGAAGGCGACCAAGAAAGAGGAUGUGCCGGACGAGACGGCGGCUAAGGAGGCAAAGGGCGAAGUGGAGGAGAAGGAAGAGGAGGAGCCAGUGGAGAAGAUGAGGAAGUUGGAGGCGAAGGCGGAGGCAGAGGCAGAGGUGGUGGAGACCAACUGAGUGCUAGGCCAAAAAUCAAUAUGCUCGGCCAAAUCAAUUUAACGCGCGCUUCGUAUAUAACUUCAGACCAAGACCAAGACCAAAAACCCAAAACCAACCACAACAAUAACAAUGCGCACGUGAGGGCGAGGGCUGCUCCGGACUGCUUGCUCUCUUCGAGAAUCAUUCUCUCCCGCUGGCGGGCUGCUAUCCAUACACUCUCACGCCGCGCCGUGGAAGGUCCUGUCUUGAAAUUGCAGCCACUAUUUCAUUCGUUCGGUGGCAAGCGACGCGAAAGCUUGAAGCGACGUGCUGCGCAGUUUUCCCAGCUCGACCACAAAAAGCCAAGUCUCACGGUGUUUUAGCCAAAUGUUGUCAAUGAGGAGCAAUAAUAAAUAGUUGAGUUAAUCCCACAACCUA